GAUGGGUGACUACCUUGAUGCCUGGCCGCGCUGUGUCUUACAGGGCCAGGAAAGGCAUCUUGCCCACUGCCUCAAAGCCACUCACCCUCUGUUUACUCUUCAGACCCGCAUCUCUGACUCCCAGCUUGUUUUCAUUCUCAUAUGACCAUUAGUCACCAAAUCCUGCAGUAUUUUCUGGAAGAGGCUCUUCCCUACCUGCCUGCCUGUCUCUAAGAUUCUGCGCAGGGAGCCUCUGGCCUUGUCUGUACUGGACCCCUCCAUCUCCUCUCUUCUCUUCCUCCCAGACUAGUCCAUCGUCAAGGUCAUCCAUCUCACAGAUCAGGAAAGAUUAAAUCAAUCAGUGUAUCUCCCUUUAUGUUACUUUGAGCCCAUCACUUUCCUCCUCAGCCCUUCCCUUGGUUCCUCACAAUUAAGCUCCAAGCUGCAUAUCUUGUCAUUGUCAUUCCAUGUGUCUGGAGCUCCUUUCUCUACCUAGGUCUUCUCUUAAACAUCUCCUCCUCUGUGAAGGUCUCCUCAUCCCCUUUAGAGUUGGUCACUCCUUCCCCUGUGCUCCAAAGUCCUUUGUUCAUAACCCUCCUGGCCCCAGCUUCUCCUUGCAUGGUCAGUCAUUUGCGACACUUCUGUCUCUCCCACUAGAUUGAGCUUCAGUACGUGUACGCUGCUUGGUAGUCUCAUUGAGGAAUGAGGAUGGAUCUCAAAGCCACCCUCAUCUCCCGUCUCCUCUGGAAACACACCUGGAAUCAUACACACCCAGAUUCUAAGUCUUGGAAGGGGAUUCCAAGAAGUUAAUCUACCUGCCAGCACUUGAAUUUUCCCUAGAAGCACCAAAUGUGCCCCCAUCUCCCUCACAGCUGAAUUCGCCCAUUGGGCAGAGCUGUCCUCAGCCAGAAGGCCCCAGGCGCCCUUCCCCACUUUACUGCUGUGAUCACAUUUCUAUCUGGAGCCUUCAUUUUCUCUCAAGGGUAUUCUUGUGACACUUCCACAAGUAUUUCUAGAACUGUACUUUUCUAUUUAGGUCCUUUAUGCUGUGGAAGGUUCUCUUCUCCCUGGGGUUCAGGUUGGGUAGUAAUGGGGGUGAGAAUUAAGCCAGAAGGGACUGAAAACUCUGUUAGCCUGAGCUCAGCCUGUGGCAUCCCCAGGUGAGGCCUCCAGCCCCAUUCAUUUGUCCAGGGAGGCUUACUGCACUGUGCAGUUAAAGUGGCCUCUGCUGGGUGCUUAUGGUCACACUGAGGUCCAGCUAACAUGUGGCAGACUCCAAACCCAGCACUCCUCCGUCCACCAAUCCCAGCCACAUCAGUCUGCGCUCUCUCCUCCCCAUGACAACCCAGCUCUGGAAUCUGGCCAUUAGCUCUCUGUGCCAGGAACUUCAGACUUUUUGGGUCCCAGCAUUCUGCUCUCCUCUUAAAGGGCCACGUCUAGCUGAAUGUCUUGGAGAGGGAAGGUGAAGGACCUGGGAGUGGAGGCACCAGGAGUCUCUUCACAGAGCCCUCUGAGCCCCUCCCCGAGGAGCCCAAACCCGUGGAGAUGUCCUUCCACCACUGCCACAGGGACCCUCUGCCACAGCCAGGUCUCACCCCUGAGAGGCUGCAGGCACAGAGGCAGCUGUGUGCCGCCUGUGCUGUGUGCUGCGUCUUCAUGGCCGGGGAAGUAGUCGGUGGGUAUUUGGCGCACAGCCUGGCCAUUAUGACUGACGCAGCCCACCUGUUGGCAGAUGUGGGCAGCAUGAUGGGCAGCCUCUUCUCCCUCUGGCUCUCUACCCGUCCAGCCACCCGCACCAUGACCUUUGGCUGGCACCGCUCAGAGACUCUGGGGGCUUUGGCCUCUGUGGUCUCCCUCUGGAUGGUCACUGGCAUCCUCCUGUACCUGGCCUUCAUCCGCCUGCUGCACAGCGACUACCACAUCGAGGGGGGUGCCAUGCUGCUGACCGCCAGCGUCGCAGUCUGUGCCAAUCUGCUAAUGGCCUUUGUGCUGCACCAGGCCGGGCCCCACCACAGCCACGGGUCCAGGGGGGCAGAGUAUGCACCGCUGGAGGAGGGGCCCGGGGAACCCCUGCCCCUGGGGAACACCAGCGUCCGGGCGGCCUUUGUGCACGUGCUGGGGGACCUUCUGCAGAGCCUUGGGGUGCUGGCCGCCUCCAUCCUCAUCUACUUCAAGCCUCAGUACAAGGCAGCUGACCCCAUCAGCACCUUUCUCUUCUCCAUCUGUGCCCUUGGAUCCACCGCUCCCACCCUCCGAGAUGUUCUCCGCGUCCUCAUGGAAGGUACCCCCCGAAGUGUGGGGUUUGAACCUGUGCGGGAUACCCUGUUGUCAGUGCCAGGAGUUCGGGCAACCCACGAGCUGCACCUGUGGUCCCUUACGCUUACUUACCAUGUUGCCUCCGCACACCUGGCGAUUGACUCCACGGCUGACUCUGAAGCCGUCCUGGCUGAAGCCACAUCCCGGCUCCGCUCCCGGUUUGGAUUCUCCAGCUCUACCCUGCAGGUCGAGCAGUACCAGCCUGAGAUGGCCCAGUGCCUGCGCUGCAGGGAGCCCCCCCAAGCCUGAGCCACGGCCGCACCCUCACCCCACUGCCAGGCCCAGGCUCAGCCCUGGACUCUCAGCAACUGCCUCCCUGCUCAUGGAGAAGGGACGGAGCUGGGUCCGUACCCUUCCUCUCUGCCCGCUUCCACCUGCCAACCCCCCAGCCCCAGUGGGCAAGACCAAAGUGUGUGUGGGGAGUGGAGCCAGGGUCAGGCUGAACAGGGAAGUCAGGGCAGUCGGGGUGUGUAGAAGUCCUGUGGUCCCUGCUCCCCGUGCUCGGGGGAGCCCCCAGCCUCCUUUCCGUGCAGUUCAUUUGUCUGUGUGGCAGGCUGGCUGGCUGGCUGGCUGGAGGAUCUGCCUGUCUUUGUGCUGUGUGCCUAAGCCUGGGGGAGGUCAGCAGGGGCCCCCUCCCCAUGUGGCUCUCUGUCUAUGCAGGAGCCCCAAAGCCUGCACGUUGUCCGUGUGUUCUAGCCUUAUGGUUGUGUGUGUGUGUGUGUGUGUGUGUGUGUGUGUGUGUGUCUUGGUGCUGUGGCCUGUGUGUCUCUGUGCCUGUGUGGCUGUGCUAUGGUCUCUAUGAGUCUGCACCAUCCAUGUGUCUGUUUGGGGGUCUGUCUGGCCAUCCCUCUGUUGGUGCUGUGCCCUCGGCUCUCCCAGAGAGAGGGAGGACUCCGCCGCAGCUCUGCCAAUAAACUUGUAUCUAACUGCACCUUUCAGCCCCUGUGCUGACUCCUCAGGAGGGGGACACAGAACCGGUCACCUGGGAACGGAUAGAAUCCCUCAGCCAGAGUGACCUUGCACAGCCCCCCUACCCCCUUCCCACCCUCUCCAUCCUCUCCACCCUCAAAUAUCCAUUCUGAUGUAGGCUGAAACCCGCCAGUCCCUUUACUGCCUUCCCCUACUUGGCAGUGUGCUCGAGCCUGGGUCCUUGGCUCAGGGAGAUGCCCAUUCGUUCUGGGAUUGGUUAUAGGAGAAAGCUGGAUGGCAAAGAGCUGAGGGAUACUGGAGUCAUUCUGAAAGGCUCCCACAGGCCAGGGUGGCCUUGGGCUCGUUGGCGGGAAGCUGCAGCCAUUUGGGAGAGAGGGGUUGGACCACGGUGCUGAUUUGGCUUUGUUCUCAAGCUGUGUGAGGUGCUGGGGAGCAGCCCUCCGUCCCGACUGCCCCAGCCCUGCCUCACAGCAGCCAACCCCAAGUCCAGGUUUGAGCUGUGGACACCAAGGACCUGUUUUACAAUUAUCCUCCCUUUGCCUCAUAUACGUUGAAUCAUAUAUUUCGACAGAUUUGACCUUACAAAUCUCUUUAAGGGAUUGUUCAUUUUCUCUUAAAAAAACAAGCUCUUUGUGCUUUUGUUUUGGAUAUAGUGCAGGAGUCCACCGGCCUUCCCAUCCUAGGUUGAUAUAACUCCAGCCUGAAGCAAAGACCCGGAGCAUUUUCAUUAGCUCAUGCAUAUUUCUGCAAGGCUUCUCCCCCAAAAUGGAAAUAUCUUUAUUAUUAAAUUGUGUUGAUUUUUUUAAAUUAUAAAGGCAAUAUAUGUUCGCUUUAAGAACCUAUCAAAGGAGGGAAUUCCCUGGCAGUCCAGUGGUUAGGACUCUGUGCUUCCACUGCCAGGGGCAUGGGUUCGAUCCCUGGGUGGGGAACUAAGAUCCCACAAGCUGUGCAGUGUGGCCAAAAAUAAAAAUAAAUAAAUAAAAACCUAUCAAAGGAAA